AUGUCUUCUUUUAAUGACUAUUUCGAAAUUCAAAAUGUUGAAAAUUUAUUACCAACUUUAAAAUUAUGUAAACAAUAUUUCUUCAAAAAUAAACAAGAUUCAAUCGUUAAUAAUAAUAAUUAUAAUAAUAAUAAUAAAAAUAAUAAUAAUAAUAAUAAUAAUAAUAAUAAUAAUAAUAAUAAUAAUAAUAAUAAUAAUAAUAAUAAUUAUAUUAAUAGUUGUAAUAGUAAUAAUAAUAAUAAUAAUAAUAAUAAUAAUACCAAAAAUAAUAAUAUUAAUAGUAGAACUGAUAAAAACAAUAAUGGAGACAAUAAAUUUAAUUUUAUUAAUGAAAUUGUCAAUAAUAAUAUUUCCACCUACACACCAUACAAUAUAUUGAAUAGUUGCCAUGGAAGUAGUUUGUUUGAAAUUAAACCUCAACCAAUAACAUGUAAAGAUAUUAAUUAA